UGGACACAAAAAUAAGAGGGGCUGCAAAACGGGGGAAAUAAAGUUGUUGUAAAUAAAAUGCAAGUCACCACCUUCCCCCAAUCCUCUGCAUCCUCGCCGGGCGCGCGAUCGGCAGCUGACGGCCUAACAAUUGGUACAUCCUAAUGGAACUGCGAGGGAAAUGCAAUAAUUUUGCCAUAAUGGGCUGUAACCUCAAUUCGACCCCGGCCCUUGCAGCCCCCGGUCGGAAACCGGGCGAUGCGCCCUGCCUCCAGCGGGUGGCGCUCGAGUCCGACUGAACGGCGGCAACUGGCGGCGGGCACGCGCCCGAGGCGCGCGCGCCACCCCUCUCGCCUCCACCCAACUCCCCCAUUAGUGCACGAGUUUACCUCUAGAGGUCAUCAGGCAGGAUUUACGACUGGACAACAAAAGCACGUGAUUCGAAGUCGUACCCCAUAUUUGGGUGCCUACGUAGGAGGGAACCAAGUACAUGUCCCAGUCAUUUCCAUAAUUCAUCAUAAAUUGUGCAAGGGUGCUAUAGACGCACAAACGACCGCGAGCCACAAAUCAAGCACACAUAUCAAAAAACAAAUGAGCUCUUAUUUUGUAAACUCAUUUUGCGGUCGCUAUCCAAAUGGCCCGGACUACCAGUUGCAUAAUUAUGGAGAUCAUAGUUCCGUGAGCGAGCAAUUCAGGGACUCGGCGAGCAUGCACUCCGGCAGGUACGGCUACGGCUACAAUGGCAUGGAUCUCAGCGUCGGCCGCUCGGGCUCCGGCCACUUUGGCUCCGGAGAGCGCGCCCGCAGCUACGCGGCCAGCGCCAGCACUGCGCCCGCCGAGCCCAGGUACAGCCAGCCGGCCACGUCCACGCACUCGCCUCCGCCCGACCCGCUGCCCUGCUCCGCCGUGGCCCCCUCGCCCGGCAGCGACAGCCACCACGGCGGGAAAAACUCCCUGAGCAACUCCAGCGGCGCCUCGGCCAACGCCGGCAGCACCCACAUCAGCAGCAGAGAGGGGGUUGGCACGGCGUCCGGAGCCGAGGAGGACGCCCCUGCCAGCAGCGAGCAGGCGAGUGCGCAGAGCGAGCCGAGCCCGGCGCCGCCCGCCCAACCCCAGAUCUACCCCUGGAUGCGCAAGCUGCACAUAAGUCAUGACAACAUAGGCGGCCCGGAAGGCAAAAGGGCCCGGACGGCCUACACGCGCUACCAGACCCUGGAGCUGGAGAAGGAGUUCCACUUCAACCGUUACCUGACACGCCGAAGAAGGAUUGAAAUAGCACAUGCUCUUUGCCUCUCCGAGAGACAAAUUAAAAUCUGGUUCCAAAACCGGAGAAUGAAGUGGAAAAAAGAUAAUAAGCUGAAAAGCAUGAGCAUGGCCGCGGCAGGAGGGGCCUUCCGUCCCUGAGUAUCUGAGCGUUUAAAGUACUGAGCAGUAUUAGCGGAUCCCGCGUAGUGUCAGUACUAAGGUGACUUUCUGAAACUCCCUUGUGUUCCUUCUGUGAAGAAGCCCUGUUCUUGUAGCCCUAAUUCAUCUUUUAAUCAUGAGCCUGUUUAUUGCCAUUAUAGCGCCUGUAUAAGUAGAUCUGCUUUCUGUUCAUCUCUUUGUCCUGAAUGGCUUUGUCUUGAAAAAAAAAAAUAGAUGUUUUAACUUAUUUAUAUGAAGCAAGCUGUGUUACUUGAAGUAACUAUAACAAAAAAAGAGAAAAAAACACACAAAAAGUCCCCUUUCAAUCUCGUUUAGUGCCAAUGUUGUGUGUUGCACUCAAGUUGUUUAACUGUGCAUGUGCGUGGAAGUGUUCUUGUCUCAAUAGCUCCAAGCUGUUAAAGAUAUUUUUAUUCAAACUACCUAUAUUCCUUGUGUAAUUAAUGCUGUUGUAGAGGUGACUUGAUGAGACACAACUUGUUCGACGUGUAGUGACUAGUGACUCUGUGAUGAAAACUGUGACUCCAAGCGGUGUGUCCCUGCGUGCCUUUGUAGGACCCUUUGCACGAACUCUGGAAGUGGCUCUUAUAAGCGCAGCUUCAGUGAUGUAUGUUUUUGUGAACAAAGUUACAAAUAUUGUCCAAGUCUGUCUGUUUUAAGCAAACUGUGAUCAGCUUUUUUUUUUUUUUUUUUUUGUAUUUGUUUUUAAGGAAAAAAUACUGACUGGAACAAAAAAUAAACUUUCUAUUGUAAGUUC